CCACGCAUCAUCUCCACUCAAACCUCAUCCCUUUCCCUCCUUUUAUACCCCGCCUACCUACACUGCACUCCUUAGCCAUCUCGCACUCCUCCCUCUAAAACACCGACGCUGCCGCCGCCAACAGCAACAAUGGCCUCCCUCUCCGCGCCUACUACAACCCUACUAAACACCCCCUUCAUCAACACCUCCCUCUCCUCCCACCGCCCCGCUGCGGUCUCCUUCAACCUCAACCUCGGCCGAGGCAAGGUCACCGCGAUGGCGACCUACAAGGUCAAGCUCAUAACACCCGACGGGCCGAUGGAGGUGGAUUGUCCGGACGACGAGUACAUCCUCGAUCUCGAUGCGGCGGAGGAGGCCGGGAUCGAGCUCCCGUACUCGUGCAGGGCGGGGUCGUGCUCCUCGUGCGCCGGAAAGGUGGUGGAGGGGAAGGUGGACCAGAGCGACGUGAGCUUCUUGGACGAUGAGCAGAUGGAUGCCGGGUGGGUCUUGACUUGCUAUGCCUACCCUCGAAGUGAUCUCGUGAUCGAGACUCACAAGGAGGAGGAGCUGGCUUGAGGAUGACUGAUGAAUCCAUAUGUUGCUGUUAUGCUUAUCCUUUUUUUUUUUUUUUGGUUACAUUGUUUGAGGUUGGAUCUUGUUGAUUUUGAUUUGAAGAUGUAUGGCUACAAAGUUAAUUAAGGCUGAUCUUAUGUGUUAUGGCUUCUUAUGUUA